CACCAGGCUCGCGGCGGCGAAGGCGGCUGGAGCCGGCGGCUCAGCGCGUCAGGGGUCGCGUGGCACCCAGCGGGCUGGACAGCCUGGGGUGCCGGGCGGAGCUGAGGCGCCGCCCGGGGUGCAGGCAGCUUGUCGAGCUGCGCGGGAGGCAAAUGAAGAUAAAAUAAUGUCUGCCAACCUAAAAUACCUUUCCUUGGGAAUUUUAGUCUUUCAGACUACCAGUUUGGUUCUAACGAUGCGUUAUUCUAGGACUUUAAAAGAGGAGGGACCUCGUUAUCUAUCUUCUACAGCAGUGGUUGUUGCUGAACUUUUGAAAAUAAUGGCCUGCAUUUUAUUAGUCUACAAAGACAGCAAAUGUAGUCUAAGAACACUGAAUCGAAUACUACAUGAUGAAAUACUUAAUAAACCUAUGGAAACGCUUAAACUUGCUAUUCCAUCAGGGAUAUAUACUCUUCAGAAUAAUUUACUCUAUGUGGCCCUGUCAAACCUGGAUGCAGCUACUUAUCAGGUCACAUAUCAGUUGAAAAUUCUUACAACAGCAUUAUUUUCCGUGUCUAUGCUUGGUAAAAAAUUAGGUGUGUACCAGUGGCUCUCGCUAAUAAUUUUGAUGACAGGAGUUGCUUUUGUACAGUGGCCUUCAGAUUCUCAAGAGCUUGAUUCUAAGGAACUUUCAGCUGGUUCUCAGUUUGUAGGCCUCAUGGCAGUUCUCACAGCAUGUUUUUCAAGUGGCUUUGCUGGGGUUUACUUUGAGAAAAUCUUAAAAGAAACCAAACAAUCAGUGUGGAUAAGAAAUAUUCAGCUUGUGUCUUUUUCCUUGGAGCCAUCCUUGUAAUAACAGCUACUUUCUUAUAUGGUUAUGAUCCCAAACCUACAGGCAAUCCUACUAAAGCAUAGUCGUAUACUAUCUUUAACUGGUUUUUCACAAUGGUGCACUAGGAAUGUCAACAUUAAUCUUGCAUAGAGGACUUCUACAGAUUCUAAGAAGACAUCAUCAUGCUGAAUCUCAUCAUAUUGUUCAAAUGGUUUGAAAAUAUAAAAGUUUAAGGAUAAAAAAUAUGUGUAUAUGUUAACAAAAUACCAAUUGCAUCUAGAAAUCAAAGCUUGGAAUUAUUUCCAGGGAUUAGAUUAAUUAUUGGAGAAAACUUGAAAUCUGGGUUUAAAAAGAUUUGGCCUUUUGAUUGCUGCAGAAAUGUCCUAUGCACUCUUUGCAAGAGCACACAACAAAUGUCAGAUACCAAUUUUUGCAAAUUAUCUAUUUAAUCUUAUUAAAUGUUUUUUAUCUUUUUCUGUACAGAAAUAUCAAAUCACAUGGAAUAUUCAGAGUUUGAAAAUUAUAAUUAUAAUUGCCUAUAAAGCUGUGAAGAAAUAGAAGUAUGAUUUGAAAAACAUUUUCAUGUAUCUGAGAUUUUUAUAUUUAUACAAAAGAUAACUAAAGAAAGGAUUGCUAAAUGUCAUUUGUUCAAGUACAUAAAAAUCGAUAAAGUUACAUCCUGGGUCUAAUUUGUGAGAGAAUAAAAUUCGUAUUUAAAUUUAGUGUAGGGAAAUACACACAUCUAUUUCUCCAUCUACAUUUUAAGAUCUUUUAGUGCUUUGAAACUGCUGAAAGCAAUCCAGUUGCUCCUGGGCUAGAUAGUAGCCAGAGACUAUUGCACUAAUGGAGUUUUGUCCUUAAUCUUCUAAUUGUAUUUCUUUUCUGUAAAUCAGAUAAAUCCUUAAUAUUUCUUUAAAUUAAACUUCUAUAUGUGGUAGUUUCCAUUAAAAUUUCAAAAUGAAUUUAAAAGGAUUAAAUAGUCAUUUAAUAAUUUAAAAUAAUUAUUAUUGUCUAAUAUCUCCACUUGGAGAAUUUUGAACUAUCAAAGCAUAUUCUGUACACAACUAAAAUGUUUUUAAGUGAACAUUUUGGUCAUUGAUCUGUAAAAACUUCCUUUAAUCUACAACUGUUAAAAACAACAACCAAAAUAAUAACUAAUUGAGACCAAAAUGACCUUUCUUAGAGACAUUCCAGAUUGCCAUGAUAUUAUAUUAUUUUAAAUGGCACUGUAGCUGUAAACUCAAGGCUGCUCAGAACUUUUUGGCCUCUCAUAAACCCACCAUCCCAGGAAUACUCUGGUCACAUGUCUGGGAGAGGUAGCGAAUUCUGAGCUCCCUUUCUGUGGGCCUGUAAAAGCUGCUGGGAAGGAGCCACCACUUAGAUUUAAGAUAGUGGUUUCUUUUCCAUUUUGAUUAGCACUGGAGUUGAGGUUGUAAAUUACAUGAGUUAUUUAAUAAAUUGGCUCAAAGGGGAGAGAAAAUAUAGCAAAAAUGGUAAAGUGAAUUGUUGGGCAAGAAUACUUUCUAAAAUUGGAGUAUGGAUUUAAUUUAAUUAUUGACUAUAGAUAGAAUUACCUAUUAUGUAUGAGAAGUAUUUUACUUUAUUUUUUCAUUCAUGCUUUAUAUAUUUUUAAAAGUCUCCCAUUCUAACAGUAUAAAAACUGUAAAAAAAAUAAAUAUUUUUAUAGAGUCAUAAUGGAUUUUGUUAAAUAGAAUUUGGCUCAAAAAUUCUGUGUUACAAACUUUUGGGUACUUUUGGCUUAUUAGGACUGGCUGUGUUCCUUUACUUAUGCAAACCAUGUCUCUCUAGGACACAGGCCUAAUCUGUUCCAUUCUGAGUUUAAAAGUGAUU